AUGGCAUCGACAGCUACAUCAUCGACUGCCGUGGGUAGUGACAGCUCCCGGGCACAGGCAGAGGCUCGGGCUGCAGUCCUGGCAUCUCUAGAGUCGGCAGGCUCCAACUACGAUGUCAAAUUCCAGCGUCGGGCGACUGAUCUACACACCAACGCAGCGGCCAUCGACAAGCAAGAGGCCGAAUUGAAAAAGCAAGCGAACGCUCUUGCCAGAGAGAGCGCGAAGUGGCAAAAGGAAGUUGAUAAGGCCACUAGAGGUGUCAAUGAGAUUGGACAUGUCCAGAAUUGGGCUGAGAUGAUGGAGAGAGACCUGCUCGUGUUGGAAGAGACUCUGCGUCUUGCUGAAGGCGGCGAUCAGUUGCAGAAUGCCAGCGGUGGAAGCUCGUGGCGACUGCCGUAG